ACUGCAACAAACAGAACGAACUGCUAUCAUUUUACUCAAACAAGUUAACAUCAAUUAAAGAAAUUGAAAAAAAAGAAGAAAAGAAAUGUGGAAGCUAAGGAUUGCAGAAGGAAGUGGAAAUCCAUGGCUUAGAACUACAAACGAUCACAUUGGGAGACAAGUCUGGGAAUUUGAUUCAUCUAAAAUCGGAUCUCCAGAAGAGCUCUCACAAAUCGAAAAUGCUCGUCAAAAUUUCACCAAAAACCGCUUUAUUCACAAGCAUAGUUCAGAUCUACUCAUGCGCAUUCAGUUUUCGAAGGAAAAUCCAAUAUGUGAAGUGUUACCGCAAGUAAAAGUGAAAGAAUCAGAACAAGUUACCGAGGAGAAAGUGAAAAUUACGUUAAGAAGGGCAUUGAAUUACUAUUCAUCUAUUCAAGCUGAUGAUGGACAUUGGCCUGGUGAUUAUGGCGGUCCUAUGUUUCUAAUGCCUGGCUUGAUUAUAGCUCUGUCUAUCACUGGCGCAUUGAAUGCAAUUUUAUCUGAGGAACAUAAGCGCGAAAUGUGUCGAUAUCUAUACAACCACCAGAAUAGAGAUGGCGGUUGGGGCUUACACAUUGAGGGACCAAGCACAAUGUUUGGGAGUGUAUUGUGUUAUGUUUCGUUAAGGCUGCUUGGUGAAGGUCCCAAUGAGGGAGAAGGGGCAGUCGAGAGAGGCCGUAAUUGGAUUCUCAAACAUGGUGGUGCUACUGCAAUUACGUCCUGGGGAAAAAUGUGGCUUUCAGUACUUGGAGCAUAUGAGUGGUCUGGUAAUAAUCCCUUACCCCCUGAGAUGUGGCUUCUCCCUUACAUUCUCCCAGUCCAUCCAGGGAGGAUGUGGUGUCACUGCCGGAUGGUAUAUCUUCCCAUGUCAUAUUUAUAUGGGAAAAGGUUUGUUGGUCCAAUCACACCAACAGUUUUGUCUUUGAGAAAGGAGCUGUAUACUGUCCCAUAUCAUGAAAUAGACUGGAAUCAAGCACGCAACCAAUGUGCAAAGGAAGAUUUGUACUAUCCACAUCCUAUGUUGCAAGAUGUACUUUGGGCAACUCUUCAUAAGUUUGUUGAACCUAUUCUUAUGCAUUGGCCUGGAAAAAGGUUGAGAGAAAAGGCUAUUCAAACUGCGAUUGAACACAUACACUAUGAAGAUGAAAAUACUCGUUACAUAUGCAUAGGGCCUGUAAACAAGGUGUUAAAUAUGCUUUGCUGUUGGGUGGAAGACCCAAACUCAGAAGCUUUUAAGUUGCAUCUUCCAAGAUUAUAUGACUACCUCUGGCUUGCUGAAGAUGGGAUGAAAAUGCAGGGUUAUAAUGGAAGUCAACUCUGGGACACAGCAUUCGCAGUUCAAGCAAUUGUGUCAACUAAUCUUAUUGAGGAAUAUGGUCCGACUCUAAAAAAGGCACAUUCAUUCAUUAAAAAAAUGCAGGUUUUGGAAAAUUGUCCAGGAGAUCUUAAUUUUUGGUAUCGCCACAUUUCAAAAGGUGCAUGGCCAUUUUCAACUGCUGAUCAUGGAUGGCCCAUCUCAGACUGCACAGCAGAGGGAAUAAAAGCUCUUAUGUUGUUAUCAAAGAUUCCUUCAGAGAUUGUUGGGGAAGGAUUAAAUGCAAACCGGUUAUAUGAUGCAGUGAAUGUUGUUCUCUCAUUACAGAAUGGUGAUGGUGGCUUUCCUACUUAUGAGCUCUCAAGAUCUUAUAGUUGGUUGGAGUUUAUCAACCCUGCUGAAACUUUUGGUGACAUUGUUAUUGACUACCCGUACGUUGAGUGUACUUCAGCUGCAAUUCAAGCUUUGACAUCAUUCCGUAAAUCAUAUCCUGAACAUCAGCGAGAAGAGAUAGAAUGUUGUAUCAAAAAGGCAGCUAAGUUCAUGGAAAAAAUUCAGAUAUCAGAUGGCUCAUGGUAUGGCUCAUGGGGUGUUUGCUUCACCUAUGGUACAUGGUUUGGCAUAAAAGGUUUGGUGGCUGCCGGAAAAAGCUUUGGUAAUUGUUCCAGUAUCCGUAAAGCCUGUGAUUUUCUGUUGUCUAAACAGUGUCCUUCUGGUGGCUGGGGAGAGAGUUAUCUUUCAUGUCAAAAGAAGGUUUAUUCCAAUCUUGAAGGUGACAGGUCUCAUGUGGUAAAUACUGCUUGGGCUAUGUUGAGUCUGAUUGAUGCCGGGCAGGCUGAGAGAGACCCAACACCAUUGCAUCGUGCAGCAAGAUAUUUAAUAAACGCUCAAAUGGAGAAUGGAGAUUUUCCACAGCAGGAAAUCAUGGGAGUAUUCAAUAGGAAUUGCAUGAUAACAUAUGCGGCCUACAGAGACAUUUUCCCAAUUUGGGCAUUGGGAGAAUACCGUUGCCGGGUUCUCAAGGCUUCAUAAACAAGUGGAAAAAACGUUAGAAAAUAAUAUCAUUUCUGGUUAUUUCGUCUCUUUAGGUCUCUUUUCAAAAAAUUGCUAGAAAUGCUUCACACACUCUUAGAGUUAUUUUAACUUUAGGCCUCACCAGACUUUAUUUGAUGGGACUCAAAAA